CGUCAGUGAUACACAACAAGAGGAGUAGUGGUGUUGCAAACAGAAGCUGAACUUGUAUCUAGCAACGCAGGUGGAACAAUGGGAGCAAUGGAAACUGGAGAGUCUGUUCGCAAGCGAGACCGUGGAGGAGAUGGGGGUGGUGAGGAGGAACCCAGUCGUCUACGGCCAAGCACAAACAAAGAUGAGAGGGGGGUGCAUUGGGCAAGAUUUCGGAGCAAAGGACGUGAGCAUCAGAGAGAUUGUGAUGUUCUUUGCAUUGGAGCUGCAGGACAGGAAGCUAUAGAAGUAAAAACUCAAGUAGGGGCAAUUACAAUCAGGGAAACUGCUGUACUGAAAAUUGCAGGAGUGGAAACCGCAACAGUAGAAACUGCAGCAGCAGAAACUGGAGCACUAGAAACGGGAGCAAUGGAAACUGCAGCAGUGGACACUGCAGCAAUGGAAACCGCAAUAGUGGACACUGCAGCAAUGGAAACUGGAGCAGUGGACACUGCUGCAAUGGAAACCGCAACAGUGGACACUGCAGCAGUGAAAACUGCAGAAGUGGCGACUCCAGCAGUGGGAACUGCAGGAGUGGAAACUGCGGUAGCAGCAGAUGAGUAAGCGGAGGCAGGACGAGAGCAUUGUGGGGGCGAAGAAGAAAUUGGAUGAUACAAGGACCAUUGCAACAUGCGUCGGAACCAUUGAGAGAGACGUGUCACAUGUGUAGGAUAGCGACGUUGGCGGGAGCGCAUGUAGCAGGUCCACCUCUUAGCAAAAGUUGAUGGGGAAUGCCCACGCGAGAACACAUGACGAGUAAGUGUUGUUGCCGCAAUUCGAAAGUUCUGCCAAUUGUUACAAAUUUGUUCAAAUCUGGUCAAUUGCCCAGUGAACACACCACCCGGUUUAUGGGAACGGAUGUUGGAGGUCGCACUUGGAUAACGAAUGACAGGAAAGUCUCGAGCAGCCGCUUUAUCAAAGACGCUCAUGCGAAGCGAGCCAUCCGAACGGACCCGUAGAUGCAUACCUAAAAAGGUACAGGAGCCAUUUGUAGCUGUAGUCUCCUUCCACUCAAGCCCAUACUGUUCUGGUGGAGGAGGUAAUUGUCCCCAUGAAAGAACAUCACCAAUGAGGCGAUAGGUGAAGGCAUAUUGUUGAGCAGCUUGAAGAUCAUGUUGACAAAUGUCAUCAACAAAGCGUGCUUCAUCCC